AUGCGGCGGCGCCUCGCCGCAAUGCCGCGCGUCGCCGCGCUCAUCGCCGCGUUUGCGCUCCUGCGCGGCUGGCGCGACGGCGGCCUCGGGCGGGCGCUCGAGGACGUGCGCCGCAGCUACCCGCCGCCGCCCGCAUCCAACAACGUGUCCUUCCUCGACGUCGACGCGGCCCCGGCGCGGGCCGCCGUCGACGGCGAGCUCUGCGGCUUCGCGGACCGCGGCACGGCGCGCCUCGCGCCGCCGACGCGGCCCGUGCCGCGCUACGCGCUCACGGCCGCGUCGGCCGAGGCGCGCAUGCGGCGCCUCGCGGCGCACCUGCUCGCGCCCUGGCGCGGCGGCAUCACGGCGCCGCCGCCGUCCUUCGCCGCGAGCCGCGACGGCGCGCGCGGCCCGGGCACGAUCGAGGUCGUCGUCGCCGGCGGCGCCGCGCACGUCCGCGACGGCUUCGCGGGCCGGCGGCGGCCCUACGAGCAGGCGCGCGCGGCCUUCGUCGUGGGCCUCGCGCACCGCCUCGCGCCGGCGAUCGGCGGCCCCGCGGCCUUCGCGCUGAGCACGGGCGACUGCGUCGCGACGCGCGAGUUCCGGCCCGCGGACGUCGAGGCCUGCGGCCGCCGCCCGGCGGGCGCGUGGCAGACGAACGCGACGCGGCGCGUCCGGCCCGAGGACGGCGCGGCCCCCGUGCUCGCCCACGUCGCCUGCCUCGACAGCAGCGACCUGCCCGCGCCCUUCUUCAUGGCCGACGGCCGCGCGAAGGCGGGCGGCGGAAAAUCCGAGGGCGCGUGCGCGGCCGUGAAACGCGGCGACGUCGGCGGCUCGGGCAUGCUCGCGGCCUGGGACGACCACGCGGCGGCGCUCUGCGCCGUCGCCGCGAAGCGGUCCGCGCGGAACCGGACGCUCUUCUUCCGCGGCGGCGGCACGCGGAGCUGCUGGGACGGGCGCAGCGCCGACCUGUGCGCCGACGUGACGCGCGACGCGGCCGCGCUCGACGACGUCCGGCCGCCCUGCGGCCGCGGCGCCCUCUUCCGCGGCGCCCUGGCCGGGGAGCUGAAGCGCGACGGCCUGCUCGACGCGCGCAAGUCCGACGGCGGCGGCGGCCACGUGUCCAUGCAGGACCAGGACGGCUACGCGUACCUCCUGAGCGUCGAGGGCCACUGCGGCUUCGCGGACCGCGACAAGCACGUCUUCUGGAUGGGGUCGACGCUCUUCCACCAGGAGUCGUUCUGCGAGGAGUACUACGUGCUCGCGGCGACGCCCUGGGUCCACUACGUGCCCGUGGCCUACGACUACCACAACCUGCGCGCCGCGGUCGCCUGGGCGAACGCGCACCCGCGCGACGUCGCCACGAUCGCCGCCAACGCGCGCGACUUCGCGGCGACGUGGCUCACGUCGACGGGCAUCGUCGCCUACUUCCGCGCGCUCCUCCUCGAGAUCGCGAACGCGACGCGCUACGACGUCGCCGCGCGCCUCGGCGACGGGUCGGGCUUCGUGCCCGCGGCCGCCUACCUCAAGCCGGACCGGGGCAAGCCGGGCACCAAGGGCGCGAAGAAGAAGGCCGAGGAAGACGGCGAGGAGACCAUAAUCGCGCGGCGCGGCCGGUCGCUCGACGCGGCCGACGCCGUCGACGACGACGCGUCGGAGACGCCGCGCCAGGGCGCGUCGUCGGCGCCGGGCGCGCGCUUCUUGGCCUCGCGCUUCUUCGCGCGGGGCCGCGACUUCGACGACUCGGACGGCGACGGCGAGACCUCGGACGCGACGCGGGCCGUGGACCCCGCCGUCAGCGACGAGAUCGCCGACGACGGCACGUCGCUGACCUGGCUGCUCGGCGUGCGCAGGACGUGCGCGGCGUCGACGAGGUGCUCGAGGCGCGACGCGAGGUCCGCGGCGAAGGGCGCGCCGCGGCCGCCGGCGUCGCCGUCGGCCGCGGCGUCGUCGGCGCCGUAG